AUGAGUGGGAACGGUUCGUCCUCUAUCCGUCGGCCACUGCAGCCAGCAUCGCGCACCCCAACUCAUCCCACUCUGGUCAUGCAGAUUCCAACGUCUUGGCCCUCCCCGAACUGUAUGGUACGUUCACAUUCCCCUUCCCCAUUCGUGCCUCGGCGUCAACAAGACUGCCGCGCAUAGCAAGCACGGGCCCUCUCACACCGCGGUGCAUGAUCAAACGCGAUGUCGCAUGACCGACUGAGCACACACCCUUCUUUCAUUUUUGGGUAAACAGACUUCUUGCUCAAGUUCAUUAUCAUAGGUGAGCUGGUCUUGCGUAUGGAGGAGACAAGGCGGCGCAGAAGUUGGUGUGUGUGUGUUUGUUGUGGAGCGCGACGAAGGACCAGCUGUCGUGCGGCGAUGUUCGCUUGGACUGGGGAUGCGGCAGGACCGGAGAAGCACUCUAGUGUCGAGCUCUGUAUGGCCCCAAGCCGAACAAGCCGAACCCUGACGGGAUGAGUCGUUGCCGGCAAACAUGCCCGAAUCGACCAGAGCGUGGAGGCUUGAACUGCAAAAGCAGUGGUGUACGUGUCGAACGAGGUCUAGUGCUGACACGAAGGUAUACUCUGAAUCGUUGCUUUGGUUCGGCUAUCUAGGCGAUUCGGGUGUCGGCAAAUCCUGCCUCAUGCACCACUUUCUCAACGAAUCCGGUGCGUUCGCGAUCCUUUGCAGCGUGGAUUCGAGCGACAGGCUGACCUAUCACAUCCUACAGUCCGAGACCCCUCCCCUCACACGAUCGGAGUCGAGUUCAGUUCGACCUUGAUGCGCCUACCGUCAUCAACGCCGAUCGCAGCGGGGGCAAGUGGGAGUCGAGCAACCAACUCCAAGACACUCAAAGUACAACUAUGGGAUACUGUCAGUAUUGGUCUGAAGGGACGCUGAGCAAGGUUUUUUUUUUUGCUUUCUCACUUUGCGCUGACGCUUACGUUCGAUCGAAACCGCCAGGCGGGACAAGAGAGGUUUCGUUCGGUCACUCGGAAUUACUACCGAGGCGCAUGUGGCGCUAUUGUUGUCUAUGACAUCACAUCGUGCGUCUUCCGUUCGCGGUGUGCCACCCUUCGAGCCUUCCAAGAUGCGGUAGCUGAUUCCGUGGACGGGCUCGUACAGACGGAAAUCAUUCGAGUCUCUGGGCCAAUGGCUGGCAGAUGCGAGGGCCCUCGCCUCACCCGAACUUGCUGUCGUGCUCGUUGGUAACAAGCUGGAUCAGGAAGAGUGGCGACAGGUGCCGUAUCUCGAGGCCAGUCGGUGGGCGCAAGAUCACGGUCAGUGAUUGUCGUGCGCCGUAGCCCUUUUCGGGCAGAGCUGAUGACUCUUCGAGCUCUCGCAGGCAUCAUGUUUAUGGAAACUUCGUCUUUAUCGGGCGAGAACGUAGAGCAGGUACGUACAUCAAUCACCCCAACGGGGACGUACACCACAAGCUAGGUCAUACUGACCAAGGCUACUCGGUCGUACUAUUCCAGCCCUUCAUCCUCCUCGCUCGUUCGAUCCUCCUCGCCAUUGAAUCGGGGCAACUCGAUCCCGAGAAAACCGGUUCGGGCGUCUCGUAUGGCGAACGAUCCUUACGACGGGUGUCGAGUUGGGGAUCGAAUCUGAGACCUUCGCGGACAGGGGUGUUUGGUGGGAAGUGCUGCUGA